AUGGUCAUGAUCAAGAAAUACAACGAGCUUGGUAUGCCAGAUGAAAACAAACAAGAAUUAUCUGACACCAUGUACGGGAUGUGUGAUUCCUUGAGUCUUACAGAUUACACUAAGUCCUUGACUUACGACGAGAUAGUGCAGUCUUGGAUUGAUAACGUGGAGAAGGGAGGUGGCUUUGCGACGUACCGUUGUUUACGAUAAGAUAUUUCGAAUUGUUGACACAGACAGAAAUGGAAGUUUAUCUUUGAAAGAGUGGGAAAUUCAUUGCACGGCUAUUAAUAUCCCUGUGGAGCAUGCUAAACCAUCGUUUAAAGCGAUGGACACUGAUCGAGAUGGAGUGAUCUCUCAUGAUGAAUUUCUAGCUUAUCACUAUGAAUAUUUUCAUACAAGUGAAGAUAAACUACAUAGUUCUCUUUUGUAUGGACCAUUACAGUAG